AUGCGAUUUCUCUUCUUCUUCGCUCUAUUUUUACUUUUUACAAAAGAAAAAUUGGCGGCUUCAAAUUUUGCUGCGAUUAAGAGAGAUGAUUUGGCGGAUCUUGCGCACCAGCUGUAUUUUAAUUGCGAAAGAAAUGCAGUUGCUCGUCUGGAGCGAGAGCCAACGCCUCUUGAAUAUGAAAUAAUAUGCAAUCAGUGCGAAGAAGUACCAUUACUUUUUAUCAACAUGGCGAACACUCCAAGAAGAUGGUUCACAAAGAGAUAA